AUGGAACUAAUGACAACCUGUAUACUUAGAGAAUUAUACAAAAGUGAACGUAAAUACAAUGAAGCAAAAGGGCUUGACUUAAAAGCACUAAAGAUCGCAGAGGGAAUUGGCGACAGGGAAAUAGAAGCCGAAUGCUAUGCAAGCCUAGGAAGUAUCUUUGUAUUACACGGUGAAUAUGUCAAGGCUAAAGAACAUUUCGAAAAAGCACUUGCAAUCGCAGAGAAAAUUGGCGACAGGGAAACAGAAGCCAGAUGCUAUGUAAGCCUAGGAAGUAUCUUUGUGUUACACGGUGAAUAUGUCAAGGCUAAAGAACAUUUCGAAAAAGCACUUGCAAUCGCAGAGAAAAUUGGCGACAGGGAAACAGAAGCCAGAUGCUAUGUAAGCCUAGGAAGUAUCUUUGAGUCUCUCGGUGAAUAUGUCAAGGCUAAAGAACAUUCGGAAAAAGCUCUUGCAAUCGCAGAGAAAAUUGGCGACAGGGAAACAGAAGCCAAAUGCUAUGUAAUUCUAGGAGGAAUCUUUGAGCAUCUCGGUGAACGUGUCAAGGCUAAAGAACAUUGGGAAAAAGUACUUGCCAUCGCGGAGAAAAUUGGCGACAGGGAAACAGAAGCCAAAUGCUAUGUAAUUCUAGGAGGAAUCUUUGAGCAUCUCGGUGAACAUGUCAAGGCUAAAGAACAUUCGGAAGAAGCACUUGCAAUCGCACAGAAAAUUGGCGACAGGGAAACAGAAGCCAAAUGCUAUGUAAUUCUAGGAGGAAUCUUUGGGCAUCUCGGUGAUUAUGUCAAGGCUAAAGAACAUUCGGAAAAAGCACUUGCAAUCGCACAGAAAAUUGGCGACAGGGAAACAGAAGCCAAAUGCUAUGUAUUUUUAGGAGGAAUCUUUGGGCAUCUCGGUGAAUAUGUCAAGGCUAAAGAACAUUCGGAAAAAGCACUUGCAAUCGCAGAGAAAAUUGGCGACAGGGAAAUAGAAGCCGAAUGCUAUGCAAGCCUAGGAAGUAUCUUUGUGUCUCUCGGUGAAUAUGUCAAGGCUAAAGAACAUUCCGAAAAAUCACUUGUAAUCGCAGAGAAAAUUGGCGACAGGAAAAUAGAAGCCAAAUGCUAUGCAAGCCUAGGACAUAUCUUUGUGUCUCUCGGUGAAUAUGUCAAGGCUAAAGAACAUUCCGAAAAAUCACUUGUAAUCGCAGAGAAAAUUGGCGACAGGGAAAUAGAAGCCGAAUGCUAUGCAAGCGUAGGACAAAGCUUUGCGUCUCUCGGUGAAUAUGUCAAGGCUAAAGAAUUGCUCGAAAAAUCCAUUGUAUUGUUUAAAAAGUGUGGGAUCAUCGAAUUCGAGUCACUUCUUCACUUGGUUGCUUCAAUGUCAAUGUUUCUUGAAGGUAACAUAUCUGAAGCUAAAUCAAACGCCGUUGAUAGUUUUAAUAGCUUAGAACUUAUGCGACGCCUCCAAGUUCAUGAUAAAUUCAAGAUAUCGUAUUUUGACCGAAUGGCUAGUGCCUACCGAGUUUUCAGUCACUUUCUUUGUAUUGCUGAUUUUCCUUAUGAAGCUUUUUACACAGAAGAAUUUGGGCGAGCCAGGGCCCUUACAGACUUAAUGACAGCUCUGUACUCUGUAGAAAACGAAAUACCAGUCAGUCCACGAACAUGGGAUGAUGUUCAAAGUAUUGUCAAGAAAGAAUGCGACUGUUCUUGUCUUUACAUAUCAUACUACAAACAAUUGAUACAUUUGUGGGUUGUUAAAGCAGGCAACCCUUUAAUUCACCGGCAAAUGAAAGUAAAUGAUGUUUUCGGAUCAGUAAGGAGAGUGGCUGACUUGCUUUGUCUAGCAAUUUACAGAGAGGUACUUUGCUUAGCUCCUGAACAAUGCGAGGAUCGAUCCUGGCUUCCCUCAAACGUUUACUGGGAGCAGGGGUGUGAGCGCCCAAUUUGGGAAGAUGACGAGAAAAUUGUAGAAGAUGAAGACGAGAACCAGCAACCCGAGCUUACUCUUGCUGAUCUCUACAAAAUGAUUAUUGCUCCUGUAACAGACUCUCUUAAUGAGCCUGAAAUCAUCAUUGUUCCUGAUCGCCUCUUUUACAAAGUUCCAUUUGCAGCGCUAGAAGAAGAAAGUGGAAAGUGUUUAUCAGAGUCUUUCAGGAUCCGCAUCGUUCCCUCUUUGACGACUCUAAAGCUUAUUCAGGACUGUCCGGAAGACUACCACAGUCAGACUGGUGUGCUGAUAGUGGGGGACCCUCAUGUUGGUGAAGUGUCGUACAAUGGAAAACUUCGGCAGGUAUCGAGGCUGCCUUUUGCAAAUAGAGAAGCAGAGAUGAUUGGAAAGCUGUUCGGUACUCAACCUCUGGUAGGAAAACAAGCCACAAAGCAGGCGGUUCUUCAAAACAUUCAUUCUGUGUCUCUGAUACAUUUUGCUUGUCACGGAAAUGCUGAAAGAGGUGAAAUUCUUCUUGCCCCUCCACCCCUCACUGAUAGGAAACCUCAAGAAGAAGACUACUUAUUGACUAUGCAGAACAUUUCGAAAGUUCAACUGCGAGCCAAACUGGUGGUCCUUAGCUGCUGUCACAGUGCAAAAGGACAGAUCAGUGGCGAGGGAGUUGUUGGAAUUGCUCGCGCGUUUUUAGGAUCCGGUGCGCGCUCAGUGUUGGCGGCACUGUGGGCCAUAGAAGACGAACCAACAGAGCAGUUCAUGAGUCGUUUCUAUGAGAGUCUUGUUCGUGGGAAAAGCGCCAGUGAAUCCCUUCAACAGACCAUGAAGUGGAUGAGAGAAAACGGUUUAUCCAAGGUGACGCAGUGGGCGCCAUUUAUGCUUUUUGGAGACAACGUGACGUUGGAUAUUCACAAGUUAAAGUCAUCGAAAGGACAGUGA